CCAGUUCUGUUUACAAAAGUUCCCGGUUAGCGAUGUAAAACUGUACGGUCACAACGCGACUAUUUAUAAUACGAAAUCGGCCAGUUGCGGUUGUGUUUGCCGCAAGUUUCCAACUGGUAAAAAGUCUUGUCAAAUCUGUAGCGUCCACUUUCGCUCGUUCACAUCAAUCGUCCUUAAGUGCCAAAAAUCAGGAUGGAUGACCUGGUGGUGACUGUGGAACAGGGCAAAGUCAGAGGAAAAACUUCUGUAGAUUACGAAGGUGGGACGUAUUAUAGUUUUUUGGGAAUACCGUACGCAAGAUCACCAGUAGGCGAGUUUAGAUUUAAGGCACCACAGCCAGUCGAAUCAUGGACAGGUGUAAGGGACUGUACGAAAGAAGGAAACGAAUGUCCCCAAUUGCACAUGUUUUUUAACUAUUAUGUGGGAAAGGAGGAAGAUUGUCUCAAUUUAAGUGUGCACACAAGAGAAAUAAACCCAAAUGUUUUAAGUCCAGUAAUGGUUUGGAUACAUGGAGGUGGAUUUGUGUACGGAUCUAAUACCAGUGAAAUGUUUGGACCAGAUUAUUUAAUGUCACAAAAUAUUGUUUUGGUUUUAAUUAACUAUAGAAUUGGCGUCUUAGGAUUUUUAAGUCUAGAUGACACUUCACUUGGGGUUCCAGGAAAUAAUGGUUUAAAAGACAUGGUACAAGGUUUAAAAUGGGUUCAAAAGAACAUUAAACAAUUUGGUGGUGAUCCCAAUAAUGUUACAAUAUUUGGCGAAAGUGCCGGUUCAGCGUCUGUUCACUAUUUAUUAUUAUCAUCAAUGACGAAAGGAUUAUUUCAUAAGGCGAUUUGUCAGAGUGGCGUAAGCUUGAACAGUUGGGCCAUUGGAAAAAGUAAUGGGUUAACAAUUGCCAAAUAUUUGGGCUAUAAAGAAACAGACGAACGGGAAAUCUUGGAAAAAUUAAAAACUGAGAAUAUAAAAAACAUUGUUAAUGCUCAGUUUAAAUUUCCAGAUCAUUUGUCAGCAAAAGACAUUAGACCUUUUGUACCCGUAAUAGAGAAAGUUUCUACGGAAGAGGCAUUUUUGACUGAACAUCCCUUGAAGAUUUUGGAGGCAGGUACAUUUAAUAAAGUUCCUACAAUGAUAGGAUAUUGCUCAGAAGAGGGAAUAUUUUAUGAAGCAGUAAGAAGAACAAAAUUUGUACCGUUGCCAAAUAAUCUCCUUACAGAAAUUCCGUACGACUUAGAUGUUAAUGAAAGUAGUGAUAAUCAAAAGGAACUUAAUGAUAAGCUUAAGGAAUUUUACUUUUUUAAUGAAGAUGUUAAAGAAGAAAACGUCAAUCAUUUGUACACUUUAAAAACUGAUAAUUGCUUCUUAUAUGGAAUAGCGAAAGCCGUUUUAAUACAAACCAGCAUAUCGAAUGAACCCGUAUUCUUCUAUAGAAUGAGUUUAGAGGGACCAUUGAAUUUAUACAAAAGAGUUUGUACCGCUAAACAUCUAAAAUCUCUAUUUUUGUGUUACUUUCUUAUGAAGAAUACACCUCUGAAAGGUUUCUUUAACUCGUUUUCCAACAUAAUUCCAAACAAAACAAUUAAUGGCGUAUGUCAUGCUGAUGAUUUGGGAUAUUUCUUUAAAAUGUUUUUCUCUCCGCCCAAAAUUGAGAAGGACAGUAAAGAAGACUUUUAUAUUAAAAGAUUUUUGAAACUUUGGACAAACUUUGCCAAAUAUGGUAAUCCUACGCCAGAAAUGGAUGAAUUAUUUAAUCAAACCACUUGGAAGGCAGUUUCUUUGGAUACAGUCAAUAUGUUGGAUAUUGGAGAGAAGCUGGAAUGUAUUCCUUUUCCAGACAUAAACAGAGUGAAAUUUUGGGAUACAAUUUAUGGUAGAUGAUAGAAUGUCUGUUGUUAUAUUUUACAAUUGUGAUAUGUUAAUUUGGUAUAUGUGAUAUAUAUAUAUAUGUAUAUUUUUGUAUGUUAAUGUAAGAUUUAUUGAUGUAUACAUACAGGGUGAUUUUUCAA